AUCGCAUUGUAUUUCACGGUAAAAGCAGAUUUUACUAGUCUUUUAUUCAAAAUUUUUAUACUUUUUGUUUUAAUGUAUUUAUCGUCAUUUAAAUAUAUAAUAUAAAAGUCUCAAUUAAUUUAUAUUUUAUUUUAUUUUAUUAAGAUUUAAAUUGUCAAAAGAUACUUGUUAUCGCAAUAUUUGAAACCUAGGUACAUUUUCCCAUUAAAAAUAAAAGAUUGUCUUGUUUCAAUAAUUAAAUUCAUUUAUUUAUCUACAUACAAUCUGCUUUUAGCUUAUGAAGUUAAAAUGACAUGUGAUGAUUGGUAAUUAAAAUAUACAUAAAUCAAUACACGUCAUAAACGUCUAUGUAACUUAUCCAGAAGCUUAAAUCGUAACCACAGCCCUACAUUUAUUUCAUAAAAAUGGCGGACUGCGCGCAAUGCGCGCCUAAAUUCAAUUUUGUUGCUAGGCAACGUUUUAACAACCCAGUAAUGUACUGUAGUAGUAUCUGAACUAAUAUCCUAGAUGGCUGGUCUCGUACGGCCACAUUAGUUUUAUUUACCUUUUACGCGGAUUCACAAUGCUCAAAACACAGUGCCUUACUAAUAUUUUGUAGAAAAAUCUCGUGUUUCCACGUGAAUGUUUGAAUUUUGUACUAGUCGUACCCCAUAAUUUUAUAUAAUACGAAAUUAUACAAUAUUAAUUUAGCUAUGUUAAAUAUUAAAAUAAUCAUGUUUUAUUUUAUAAUUUAUUACGUGAAUGCAGAGGACUAUGAAAACGACGAUAAAAUUUACAUGCUCGUUUCCCGAGAUCAGCACGAGCAGACACCCCGCCUAGAAGACUUCUUCUGGACCGGAUCAGGGGACGGCCCACCACCGCCUCCAGAUCCUCCGUUGGCUACUCCAGCGCAGCCAUCCACGCCUCUUGUUCACACCACUACGGUGCUGGCUACUGUGUACCUCGAUUCUUACCCUGCACAGGCGGUGACAGACAAGACUACAGGAGAAUGUGUACUGAACUGUGGCGAGCCAGUUAACCCCGAUAGUUUGGAACCAGAGAUCCCAGAAGAUCGCAGAUACUGGCUUCUCACUGUAAUACAAGGCUCUACGCCAGAUAGUUUACAGGUGAAGUUGGCGAGGUUAUAUCAGAAAGCAUUUUUAAGACAGCAGGAACGACACUUGGGUAUAAUUAAAUCAUUAGAUGCACCAACAUCGAGACGGAAACAUGAUGUCCAUUCUUUCAUUGUUAACAAAGAGAAUAGCAUUGAUCAAAUAGCCUCAUAUAGUCCCGACUCACCUUUUAAAUACGUUAAUAUUGUUAGUUCUACGACUCGUGUGGAAUCAGUUAGUAGCAUACCAACGAACGAUUUGAAUACCGUCUCUUUUCAUUCACCAAAUAGUAUAAUGUUAAAAGCAUACCCAAAUGAAGAACUAAUUCGAAUUGAUAAUGUAGAUCCAUCAUCAAUGAUGGCAGAAAUAAAAGCUACAAGAAUAAGCGAUGUUGAGUCAUGGAUUUUGGCAGCACCAACAAUGGUGAUACGUAAAAGAGAAAUCAGAGAUCAUAAAAAUGAUGACAAGAAAGAAGAUCUAGAUAAUCUAUUAGAAACAGAUUCCAGCAAUGAGACAAUGCUAUUCAAGAGGGAAAUUAUUAAGCCAGAGCAACAGCCUCCAGUGCAAGUUCAUAUUCAGAAUAUAACUGAGUCUCCUGAAACGGGCAGCGUGCAGAUAGUGUACGUGGUUUUGGUGGGCGGGCGAGCGGUGCCGGCGGCUGUGGCGGCAAGAGAUAUGCGGUUAGUGCGGGAUGCUGAGGUGGCCACGGAACUGGGAGCAGUCGUCACCACGAAGGCCGAACCGUACCUGAAGGCUGCCGAGGGUCUAGAAGGGCAGGCAGAGACCAAGUCGGGAGUGCACGGUACAGAGCUAUGGGCCCUAGCUGUGGGUGCUACUGUGGCUCUGCUGCUUCUGCUCAUUUUGUUCGCACUCCUUUGCUUGGCGCAUAGGAGAAAAUCUAUGAAAUCUGCAGCAUCUUUACGAGCCUAUAGAAAUGAACUGUUGAGAGAGGCUGAACGAAACCAAUUAAAGCAAGUACACGAAGAAAAAGAUGGAAGGUUGAUCAGCGUUGUUUCACCAAGCCGCACAAGACCCAGCAGUACUCUGCUGCCGAUCUACAGAGCAGCCAGUGCUUCCAGUUCGUCGAGUUCAUCAGGAGUUUCUGAAGUCGCGGCGGCAUUGAGGAGACGACAGAAGAAACCACAUGCUCUUAGAAUGCCACAGAAGAAACGAGUGGGCACCACUGACAGUCUUCUAGAAGCGGCCGGUGUGGACAGCUCGGAUAGCCAGCAGUCGGCUCCACACACUCCCACAUCAUACCUCUCGAUGCCGUCUAUCAGCUCGUUUCCGAGAGGGAACAUCGUGGAACCGCUAUCACGCAUUCUGGAGCCAGUGUCGGUUCGACAUUUGGACAUCGAGACUCCAGUAUCGAGCCCUAAACGGCCCAAAGAUAAAGAUAAGGACAAAAACGUGAUACCUCGGAGACAGAUGCCUUCUCAGCUAGUGAGGCUCGGCAGCAUCGACAAGGAUCCAGGAGUCAUAGGGCCUUUAGUGUGGGAUCUGCAUUGCCAGCGGAUUAAGGAUGCAUCUAAGCCGUGCAGUCCCGCUAAGUCUACAUCUUCGACUCACAAAACUGGACCUUCUCGCAUGCGACAGAGGUUCAAUGAGUUAAUGGACGACGCAUUUACGCUAUUUGGUAGCGCAGCCUCUGGGUCCAAAGAUACCACAGGAGGUUCUGAAAGGAUCAGCAGUGAAGAUAAACUGAAAACAGAAGGCGAACAAGUGACGCAAGCACGUAAUGAUAACGUGCGAUUGCCUGGGUCACCGUACACAGCCAUGGACACAGUGCGAGGCAAAUCUGCGGGAGGCAGUCGGGCGUCAAUAGCGGAUACAUCUACGAUGCGGCCGCGCACUUCCGCCCCGCGCCCCGCGCCCGCACCCGCCCGCGCCUGGGGCCCUACCCCCUCACAUUCACUGAGGGGUGGGAUUCCCACUGUAAACCCGGCGCUGGUAGAGACCGACGCGCGUCUCCCGGUCAACGACCCCGCGCUGCCUCUCAUCAGCGCCAUCACCACCGAGAUACAGCGCGUGCGGGACAACACUAAACAUUCACACACGCAUACAUAACACGACGAGUACGAGUAGUUACAAAUUGCAAUGUGCGUAUGGUCUGAGUGAUCUUUUCAAAAAAACUCAUCCAACCACAACCAAAUUAUAUGAGGAUUUAGGAAUUAACUGUGACAACUUCAUGGUAAGGUAUAAAAUUUGUAAAACCUAAUAGGUAUAGUUUUCUAUCAAACCACCCAGUACCAAAUUCCAACUCUUGAACAUCACGACACAUCUAUAAAUUUUCUCAUUGAUAGGAUAUUUAUAAUUUACCAAAGUACUUCUAACUAAGCGUAGGGGAAUUCUUGGGUACAAUCAUUGACACUUCUGUAAUUUGAAGUUUGUACCUAAAUGAUUUUUUUAACAGCAGCAUUAUGAGGCGUCAAUGAAAUUUAAUUGUUGUCAAAGUAAGGUCCUACUCUUUCGCUCUCACACAUACAGACAACAUCAUAUUUUUUAAACAUAAAUUGACAUCUUUCUGUGCAUUUUACUUAAUUUGAUAAGAGUGUGCUGAAGAAUUAAUCUCCACUCUCUUAAAAACUCAAAAAAAUAGUAGUGUUCAUUUAUAUUUGAGAUGUUCUCUUUUGAUUCCAAAGAUAAAUGUUUUUUGAUAGUUAAACAAAUGCAAUUUUAUUAUUAAGUUUAUAGAUUUUCUGUACAAAUAUGUAUAUAAAUAUUAUUCCGAGGUAACUUUUUGAGUUAUAUUUUCCUUUGUAAUUCUCUUGAACAUGUUGAUAUUUACUUUUUUGUAGAAAAUAUAUUAUUUGUUCAGAUGUUAAAUUUUUUAUUGAAUUAAUCAAUUAGAUUUGAUGCCAAUUUAUAUGUAGUAAGUGUUAGUUUAUAAGUAAAAUAACUAAUCUACCUGAAUAUUUCUUUUGGAAAACAUGUUUAUGGAUCUCUUUUUUAAUAAAAUUGUUUUACAACAAAUGUUGAUUAUUUACAAUGUCAUAAUUUUUAAUUAUUAAGUAACAUCUCUGCAGAUUAUUAAAUAAAAUCCACUUUUAGAAGUGCAAUCUUUAUUUUGUACUUAGAAAAAUUUCGAUUGCAAUACAAAUACUAUAAAAUUCUAAUUUUUAUUGCUACAAAGUAUAUUUACAAAAUUUACAAGAUUACAAAGACCAAGGAACUGGGUCAACAAGAGAAAUGGCUUUGUCUUGACAAAAUCAAGUCUAUUCUUAUUGUUUAAAUUUUUAUACUGCUUAUUGCGCCUGUACUGGUUAGAGUUUCCGAUGUCAAAAUCUCAUUUUUAUGAACCUUAAAUUAGCAUUAGAGAAACAAAAUAAUUGUAAUAAAUAGGAAAAAUAUUUUAAUGUUACUCAUGAAUACCAUCUUUAAGUUAUACGAAAUUUUGCUAAUUUAUAUACUACAGUCAUUAUUUACAAAUCUGGGAUACAGGUGAUUAAACCCAACUGAAACAAUUUCCUUAAAGAUUCCGCCUCCAAGUUACCAAAAUACCCUUUGAAUGAAAGUACAUAUGUAUUGAAUACUAAAAAAAUGAGUUAACUAUAUUGCAAAUUGUACUGUCCAAUAAUGCUUUAAGCACAUAAGUAUUUGAACAUGGUCUAAUAUAAAUAAAUCAGAAAACAAUAGAAACAAAACUUAUUCCAGAGCCUUAAUUACAAAUAUUGCAGAUAUUUAUGUCAAUAUUAAAGGACUUGACAAUCCAUAUUGUCCUCAUUAUGCAUGAAUUACUAAAGUGCCAUUAUUUACCUGAUUGUUGCAAUUUCAAUCUUAAACCAAUACAUAUCUAUGUCUUAUAUCACACAGAUUAGGACUUGAUUAACAAUAAUUUAUUAUUGUGUAACACGUAACAAUAAAUUUGUUUUUGGAUGUAAAUUAUAAAUAACAAAUUUAAUUGAAAACAUAAAUAAUUCAAACAAGACAGCUAACACUAAGUCCCAGUAUUCUGUUCAAGGCCCACAAUUAGUGUUAAAAGUUACUUUUUCAAUGAAAUUAUCCUAUUGAUUAAAGGGCAUAUGCUUGGUUAUCAUUAUAAUUUUUCACUUGUGAAAAUGCAUGUUAAUUAAAAGAAAAUUAUGUAUCUUAAUUUUUGUAGCGAUUUUCUAGACGCCAUUACACUAACGUAAGUUUGUACCACAUGCACAUACCCUUUGAUUAUUUUGGAGUACUAAAUAUUUAAAAUAAUUCAACCUUAAAGGCUACCUGAUAAGACAAUGCAAAUACCUAAAAUACAGUAGUGGUAAUCCAUAUUAGUCUUCUAUGUUCCACCACUUGCUUCUAUGCAAGAACUGCAAACUUUAACACUUUCACAUAGAAUCUAAGGUUUACCAAUGCACGGAUACGAAUUCCAUUUUAACACUUGUAUAUUCACUGGGUAACAAUUAGUUCGGGGAAAUGUAGUAAUGUUUCCUUGUUUAAUUGAAGGCGUUACGUAGACUGCAAUGAUUGGUGGGGCGCCAAUCGCCGCCACUGGUUGGUCGGACGAUCUUGGCUUUCAUCUUCCU